AUGGACUACUCUCACUAUUCAGCCUCGACAUUGGCCGUCCACGGCGACGACCCGCUCAACGACUCCACGGAUGUCGCGCCUGCUAUGCAUGUCUCGACCACCUACCGCUAUCCCGAGGACCCUGAUAAGCUAGUGCCCUUCAGCAUGGACGAUGUGGUAUGUUGCCGUCGCAUACGGAAGAGCCAUUUCUCAGCCGCUGACCAAGUUGUANNGAUGGCCGGUCGUGACCCGUUGAAGCCAGGAAGCGGCGCCGAUCCUCUCAUCUAUAGCCGCGAAGCCGCUCCCAACACCUCUCGUCUCGAAACCAUCCUUUCGCACCUUCUCAAGGGUCCUGCGUUGACCUACAGCUCCGGUCUUGCCGCUUUCCAUGCACUUCUUGUCGCCCUGAACCCCAAAGUUGUCGCUAUUGGCGAUGGUUAUCACGGCUGCCACGGCGUGCUCAAGAUCUUUCAAAAGCUCACGCACUGCAAGAUUGUCGACGUACACAACCCGGAUACUUGGAAAGGCUUGGGUGAAGGCGACGUGGUACACUUGGAGACUCCGCUGAACCCUACUGGCGAGGCAUACGAGAUUGAAAAAUAUGCCAAAUGGGCACAUGAGAGAGGUGCUGUCUUGACAGUCGAUGCUACUUUUGCGCCACCACCACUUAUGGACCCUUUCGCUUGCGGUGCAGACUUCGUCAUGCACAGUGGAACCAAGUACUUCGGAGGCCACAGCGACAUGCUCUGCGGUGUCGUUGCCAUCAACCCUGCUCGUCCCAGUGCAACCAAAGAGUACUGGGGCAUGUGGGACGAACGCGUAUGCCUGGGUGCCGUUAUGGGCAGUCUCGAAGGCUGGCUUGGUGUUCGCAGCAUUCGCACGCUCGAGCUCCGCGUCCAACGUCAAUCCGAGACGACCACAGCUCUGGUCCAAUGGCUCGCGUCUCUUCAAGCUGGUGAGGGUCCUAAAGAAGAAGUCGCCAUUGUCCAAAAGGCUCUUUCGCGCGUCCAACACGCAAGUUUGCAAAAAGACGAUAUGCAUUGGUUGAAGAAGCAAAUGCCUGGAGGCUACAACCCCGUGUUUGCUAUCUGGAUGGCUGAGGAAAAGCUUGCCAGGUGUUUGCCCAGCAAGCUUAGUCUCUUCCACCAUGCCACCAGUCUCGGUGGCGUAGAGAGUUUGAUCGAGUGGCGUCGUAUGAGCGACGCAAAGAUUGACCCGAGAGUACUUAGAGUCAGUAUCGGUGUAGAAAAUGUAGAAGAUUUGAAGAAGGAUCUUCUUUCAGCAUUCAAGGCUGUCUUGAAUGAUGCUUGA